AUGCCACCGAAACCAGCUAACGCAAAUAAGCCAGACAGUCCUCUAGCGAAACUGCUAAAGUCAGUUUUGAAAGAUUACGAGCGGAUUUGCUCUGAGUAUGGCUGCUCACCAUGUCCGAAAAUUCGGGAGGCGCUUAAAAAAGGCAUCAGUGAAGAAUUUCACAUCAAAACAGUGAGUUUUAUCUGA